UCUGACUAACAUUCGUUUUGUAACUCGAAUUGGUGCUCCUUCCUUUUUUGAGCAAAACCAUUCGUUCUCGUUUAACCUGGUUGACCAAUCGUAUUUGUUGCAAGCGUUGCAAGCAAUAGCAAAUGGAACACCGCCACGUUUUGAUGUGCGAAACUUGACAGACGAAGCUUACCUGUCAUUACAAAUGUUUUUGUUGUGAUUUAAUUUGUGAUUGUAUCAUGCCCGCAUUAAAAAAAGCCGGCAGUUGUUGAUUUCUGAAAUGUUAGAAGAGAACUUACUUGCCUCUUAAGAACUUGAGCAUAUGAUUAAAUGUUUUAUUUAUAUUCAACAUAUAUUUAUUUAUUGUCAUUUUAAUACUUAAGAAAUCAUCUUUUUUUAAACAUGGAAUCAAGGCGUUUGUUCUUAUUGACGUUUUUUUAUUUAGUCCACAUUUCUGUCCAGCAGUCUGAGCUAAGAUGCCUUGUAUGUCGCCUUGUGGUAAAUGAAAUAACUUCUUCUGUGAUAAAUGAAGAUCCAAAGAAAAUUCUUGAAGUUGGCAGCUUUCGUAUUCAGCCAGAUGGUUCUCAGAAGCAAUCUCAGAUUAAAUAUGCUGGAUCUGAAACUCACUUAGGUGAAAUUUUAGAAACAGUAUGCAAUUCAAUAGAGGAUUAUGCUCAAGCCAAAGAUAAAGAAACUGGUGAACUUACAUUAUUGAACUUAUCGAAAGAUGUUGAUAAGCUUAGCACUCAUGAAUUAGUUCAAGAUCCAGAUUUAAACAGAAGUCUUAAAUAUUAUUGUGAAAGCUUUGUUGAGGAUUAUGAAGAUGAUGUCAUGGCCUUAUUUAAAUCUUCAGAUAAGUUUGAACAGUUCAGUACUAAAUUGUGUACAAAUUCUGCAGGUUAUUGCUCAUCUAAAACUGAAUUAUAAUUAUAGUUUUGUUAACACUUUGUACUCCUUUUACUAAAUUAUUUUCUUUACAAAUAUGUUCAAGGCACUAUGUAUGCUUAAAAGUUAUUAAAGUUGUAUUAAGAUUUUUUAUAUAGGAUUUUUAUGUUUAUAUGAAUAUUCUAUAUGUAAAUUAAUGAAUCUCUGAAAGUGAAUAAAGAGUGUUUAUCAUA